AUGAACAUCAAUGAAGAGGAAUUUGACGACCGCGAGCCGACGGCAAUGCAAGAAAAAUCAGCUCCUCAAGAUCCACCCGAAGGUUUCAACUCAGUUCAGACCAUCGGACCACAACAAGACCAAGAACCGCCACUGGGGCCGUUCGCUGAAAAGAAUGCGUCCACUGAACCGGAGGACGAGGAGGACGCUGAGUGGGACGAAGGGUCGUGUGGACUGGUGUGCACAGCCUCACCUCUGCAGCGGCAACGGAGGGAGAUUUCCACUGCUCCACUCCAGCCUGUGAAGGAGGUGAUCCCUCCACCGGAAACCGACCGAUUUCGGACCGAGGUGGUGCAGGGCAGGGACGUGGACCAGCCCGGUCGCUGGCCCUGGAUGGCCGCUGUGGGUCGACAGAGGCCCGGCGACCCCACUCCGACCUGGCUGUGCGGUGGGGCGCUGCUGAGUGCCCGCUGGGUGAUCACCGCCGCCCACUGUGUACCCACGGACGAGGUUGCCUCUCUGAGGGUCAGGGUUGGAGAGCUGCGUCUGUCAGCUCCAGCGGCGGUGGAGCGAGGCGUGACGCGCGUGCUGCGUCACCCGGAUCAGACAGCCGCGCUGCACGACUUGGCGCUGCUGCGCCUGGAUCGCCCCGUCCGCCACUCGGAUACUGUGCUUGCCGUGUGUCUGCCGUCUCCCGGAGCGGACUUCAGCGGCUUACCGGUCACCCUCACCGGCUGGGGUCGACUCAGCUUCGGCGGCGCCACGGCCGACGUCCUGCAGGAGGCUCAGCUGCGGGUCACCGACACCACCCAGUGUGAGGCCGCCUACAGUCGCCUGGCCGGCUUCUCCUACAGUUUUCCCGGCGGUUUCAGCGGCUCGGUGCUGUGCGCAGGGGACGGGCCGACGGGUGGAGAGGAUGCCUGUCAGGGCGACUCGGGAGGUCCGCUUGUGUACCGCGCCGCUGCCGCCACAGGAGGGGAGGCGCGCUUCAUGCUGGUGGGGGUGGUAUCCACGGGAAUUGGGUGUGGUAAUCCGCACUUCCCCGGCCUCUACACCAGCGUGGCCAGUUACGUCCCGUGGAUACGAGCCAUCGUGUUCGGAGAAGAAGCUGUAGAAAAGUAA